AUGACCGUAGGGCCCAUGACACGGAACGGUGAAUGUAAGAAGUUCUCGCCCAACAUAUUUAACAAGUCAAAAUGUACCAAUUGCUUCAGGCAGAAGGAGGAACACAGCGCCGAAGCUUUGGAGAGCAAUCGGGCUACGAGGAAGGCUGUGAAAUGCGGAUAUUUGUUCGUUGCACCUGGGCGAGACUUUACCAACCCCAUCAAUCGAACAAAGAGAUGGCAGAGAAGGUGGUUUGUGCUGUUCGACGACGGAGAACUGAUUUAUUCGCUGGACGAACACGUGAGUGUUUCUAUACUUAAACGUAUCUCAUAUAGGCCACAAAACGUGUGA